GACUUACAAUGUCCUGCCCGCACGAAUGACGAUCCCAUCAGGCGGCAGCCGGGCGAGCUAGGACCCGAGGAGCUCGUUCAAAGCACCAACGCGGGGCGGGGUUGUUGUAUAUUAACACGCGAUGGGGCUGUAAACUGAGGCCGCACGUCGGGCGCAGAGAUUACUAAAAACAACUUAAAAAGUAAUUAACACGCGCGAAGGCGACAUAAUUGAUCGGUGCACCGUGGGUCUCGGGAGGAGAAAGCGCAGUGUCGCCUCCCUCCCGGGGCCACCGGGGCAGGACGGGUGUCAAGCGGUAGCUUGAUGGUGAAUCCCAGGCCUUUCCGAGGCGGCAAAGUCCUGGGAGGACGACGCGUUGUUCCUCCCGUGGCGCUGCUCCCCAGCCCAGAAGGGGCCACCAGGCGACAGCCCGGGAGCCACGAACCGAGAAGCCAGACGAGCCUCGCCAGCAGGACCGUCAGGCCGCGGCGCGCCGAGCUCGACGCCGGAAGCCCGAGUCGCACGGAGCGGAGGCUGAGGGCCACCUGCCCAGACGACGAGUCCCGGCGGCCACAACCCGCGCGCCUGCGCCGACCGGAAGAGCCGCUGGAACCCUCCGCGGUCCCGGCAUCCCCCGCGGUCCCGGGAUCCUCCGCGGGGCAAGAUGGCCGCGGCAGGGACGGCCCCGGAGGUGACGGGGUGCUAGGCGGUACGUCCCUCGGCCUCUCCCGAGGGCCGAGGGGGUCCGAAGAAGCAAUUCCAGCACCUCUCAGCCCUGAUCUGGAACCUCCCGAGGGCUGCAGUGUCAGCGCUCCGACGGGGCGCGAGGCCAGUCCCUCCGUCCCCACAGGCGCGACCCCGAGCACCCCAUGCCUACAGGCGCAGGGAGGCGUAGCCUCCCCCAGGGCAGCCACCUGUGCUGGUUGCUCUGCGCUUUCACCUUGAAGCUCUGCCAAGCCGAGGCUCCGGUGCGGGCGGAGAAGCUGUCAGUGAGCACCUCAAAUUUGCCGUGCUGGCUGGUGGAAGAGUUCGUGGUGGCAGAAGAAUGUGCUCCGUGCUCUAAUUUCCAGGCUAAGACCACUCCUGAGUGUGGUUCCACAGGGUACGUGGAGAAAAUCACAUGCAGCUCAUCCAAGAGAAAUGAGUUGAAAAGCUGCCGCUCAGCUCUGAUGGAGCAGCACUUAUUCUGGAAAUUUGAAGGGGCUGUCGUGGGUGUGGCCUUGGUCUUCGCUUGCCUUGUCAUCGUUCGUCAGCGACAGCUGGACAGAAAAGCUCUGGAGAAGGUCCGGAAGCAAAUCGAGUCCAUAUAGUGACCUUCUGCCCUUUGACAGGGGUCUUUAGGGACCCUGCCUCAGACAGAGACUUGUGCCCCUUAUUCUGGGAGACUGGUGGUGGCGCCCCUUUCUGCGUUUCCUGUCUAGAUCAUUAACCAGCAAAGUAAGUAGAAUGGUUCCCUUCCCUACUGUAAUUUGGUUUGGGACCGGAAGUCAUGGCAGCAGGCAUGGAAACGGUGGCAACUUUACGCCCCAGGUUACCGACUACCUAUCUUCUCCUCCUGCUACUUAUUUAAAACUUUCAGGAUACAAUUUCAGCAAAAAAAGUUUAUUUCUCAGCCAAAACCUCUGUUUCCCCUCAACCCUAACCCCAAAGAAGAAAUAAAGUUGCAGAUGUAUAAAGUA